AUGGUUCAGUGUCUCACCUCGCCAGCUAGCGUGCCAGAUCUCCGCCCCCGUGAUUUUCAUUAUACACGGUACCACCAUUGGCCAACAAUCAGUAAGCUCCAUAAUUCGUUCUUAGAGCUCACCCUGCAUACUCAAACUCUAAUUGAUCAGCAACUGCGUCUGCUGGAUAGCGCUAAAGUAUUAGUGACUCCUCCUUAUCAUGCCUCUAUCAUGGCCAUGCCACCUAAGAAACGGUGUCAUGCAUACUACCAUAAAGGGUCAUUUGGAAAGAUGGGUGGCUCAUUAAUUUAUUCGGAUUGGCCAUGCUGUUAUCGUAGAUUGAGCGUGGGCAGCACAAUCACACUUUCAUUAUUCUCCUCCGUUGUUGAUACUAGCCACACCCCUCUGAGAAACAUGGAGACACAUAUUGAUGCUCACUCUCAGUUGAUUAAAUGUCUCAGGGCACAGCCUGUCUCUGUUCCCAACCUACUACCCAUCUUCUCAUCUUGGCCUGGAGCCGUUAAUCCUCACUGGAGGGCUUUGGUUCCUGUGAUAAAUGCAAGAAUUGACAGCCUAUUCCCAGAGCCAGUGAAGGCUACAAAGCUCAAGAGGUGUGACUUUGCUCAUCUCGCCGCGACGCGGUGGCCUCUGGCUGGCUUCAAGGAACUUUAUAUUCUCGCCUUCUUGUCCCUUUGGCUCGUCACCUGGGAUGACCAAAUUGAUGAUGACACGAAAGAUUCCUUGAGCAACAACUUUGAAGCUGCUGAGCAGUACCGUCGUGAAACCCUUUAUUUUGUGGCUCAAUGUCUUGACCUGGAUCUCACUGAAGGCUUACCCCGUAGUUACAAGGACUCUAUUUUUGUGCCAGACGACCCUAUUGUCCAAAGUUUUGAUGUGAUUGGUGAAGCACUUCGUGAUGCAUAUACUUAUGAACAACGGCACGGGUUUCUUAAGGAGAUGUCUCUUUUCCUGGUAACGUCACAUAUGGAGCAGAAAGCAAAACUCGAAGGGCAGAUCCCCAGUCCCGAAGUGUACUGGAGAGUGCGAAUGGGCACCAGUGCAGUUGGUGUGAUAUGUGCUGUUAAUGAAUAUAGUCUUCGGUCAGUGAUACCCCGUGCUAUCAUGGAGGAUUAUGAUAUGAGAGCAAUAUGGAAUGAAGUGAACGUCAUCGUUUCAAUAGUCAAUGAUAUAUAUUCCCUGAAGAAAGAGAUGGCUCAGGAUUCCAUUUAUAGCCUUAUCCCUAUCUUGUGCAUGUCGCUAGGGAGCCCGCAAGCGGCUAUAGACAAUGCAAUUCGGUCACUCAUCCAAUCUGUGGGUCGAUUCAAUGUAGCGGCCAACCGACUGAUGGAUGGGAUCGAGGAGGAAGAUAGGUUCUCACUAUCCCUAGGAGUCAAGAGGGACGUGGAAGAUUUCAUUCGUAGUUGCCAAUUCAACUGUACCGGCAGCUUGUACUGGACGUAA